AUGGUAUCUGAGGACUGCAGCUUCCGAAGCGAGCUUUAUGAUUUCGUCUGCAGGACGACACGACUUCCGCCGGAAGUGAACAGAGUCCUCCUAGUGAAAAAUUUGCCCUACAACAUCUCGGCAGAGGAAAUGUACGACAUAUUUGGCAAGUAUGGUGCCAUUCGACAGAUCCGGGUCGGCAACACACCUGAGACAAAGGGCACUGCUUUGGUUGUGUAUGAGGACAUCUUUGACGCGAAAAACGCCUGUGAUCAUCUCAGUGGUUUCAACGUCUGUAAUCGAUAUCUCGUUGUACUCUACUAUCAGAAGAACAAGCAAUUCAAGAAGGUUGACACGGAUAAGAAACGCGAAACACUGGACCACUUGAAGGCGAAAUACGGAUUGAACACUCCCAGGGCCAAGUGA